AUGUUACCCGGGAUCCGCACUUCUGUGGCCGGCUUGCGUCUCUGUGUCGGCACCGCUGCCCGACGAUGGCUGCUCCCGAGCGGACAGCUGCCUCACAGCCGCCUGCGGAGCCUCUGUUCCCGGUCUGCACACAACUGUACCGUGGACCCCGGAGCCCGAGAGGAUUUUGUGUUUGUGGAUUGUGUGGAGACGCACAAUCCAAAGACAGAUCAUUCAGUUUUUGGGACAGAUUUGGUCCACUUGCCCUCGGACCUUGUGACCCCACCUGACCCAGUCCCAGCACACAGGAAGAAGCGGGUCUCAGAUCGGAAGCGGCAGACCCUCCAGACCACAGUGAACCAGGACUAUGGACGUAACGUGGAUCAUCCUAGACCUUCACCAGGCCAGGGUCUGGUCCAUCAUCCUGAAGUGAGUCCAGAGCCAGGGACCGGGCUCUCAUCUGUGCCCUGCUAUGGCUGUGGGGCCCCGCUUCAGACCGUUGACCCUAUGGUCCCGGGAUACCUGCUCCCACACCACUUUUACCAACCCCAAGAGCCGGAGAUGGAGCGGGAUGGAGACCAAACCAAAGUCCAUACCAGGGUCAAGACCAAACCUAAGCCAAGUCGGACUCUGUGCCAGCGCUGCCAUCAGCUCACCCACCACCACCAAAUCCUGCAAGUCACUCUCAACCAGGAGCACUUCAGAGAAAUUAUAUCAGGCAGGCUGCGUUCGGCCCGGGUGCUGGUUCUCCUGGUGGUGGACCUGGUAGACCUGCCGGACUCCAUCAUCCCAGACCUGGGUGACCUGGUGGGAGCUGACAAACAGGUGUCUGUGGUGGGAACUAAGCUGGACCUGCUCCCUGUCCUGAGCUCUCAGGACGUGAGCGCUGUGAAGAGGCGUCUGCAGGAGUAUGUUUGCUCUCUCACUGGGUUCCAGGCCCUGUCCGUCAGCCUGGUGAGCGCUCAGACCGGCUACGGAGUGGAGGAGCUGGUGUCCACGCUGCACAGGGUGUGGAGACACAAGGGAGACGUGGUGCUGGUGGGCUCUGCCAACGCGGGCAAGUCCACGCUCUUCAACGCUCUGCUGGAGUCUGAUUACAACCGGCUGUCAGGCUCCCGCAGGGCCACCGUGUCCCCCUGGCCAGGGACCACUCUUAACCUGCUCAAGUUCCCAAUCCUGAACCCCACCCCAGCACGCCUCCUCCAGCGUCACCAGCGACUGAAGAAGGAGGCCCUUCUGCUGAGUACUGCUGAGACUGAUGAGGGCAGAGGGGAGGGGAGGGGCCAACUGGCUUAUGUCACAGGUGAUGUGGGAAGAACGUUCAAAAGUGUGUCCAAGCCGCAGGAGAUCUCUUUCGAUCCAGACCUUCUGGCUUUCGGGGAGACUGAGGAUGGACUGAUCACUAGACCAGUUGCUGAGAAGGUGGAAGAGGAGGAACUGGCCAAGCAUCAUGUGAAAGACGCCCACUGGCUCUACGACACUCCAGGAAUCAUCAAAGACCAGGAUAUGUUGAAGCUGCUGACAGAGCAGGAGGUCCGCUCAGUAGUCCCGGUCCAGGCCCUGGUUCCUCGCACGUUUGUGUUGAAGCCUGGCUCGUCACUGUUUGUGGGAGGCCUGCUCCGCAUCGACUUCAUCAGUGGCCCCAGGUCUGCGUGGUUCUCUGUGCUGGCCUCUGGUCUGGUGCCGGUGCAUGUGUCCACUGUGGAGAGGGCAGAGAGUGUGUAUGAGAAGCACGCAGGAGAGAGGCUGCUCGGGGUAACGCACACACUUGCAUACGCACUUCUGUCAGCUCCUUGCGGGAGACUGUGA